GACUAAGUGAACCGGGUCGGAUGUGAUCGGGCGAAGUGAACCGGGUCGAAUGUAAUCGAAGUGAACCCAUGGAGGCGUACUGUGAGACUGAUGGUCUGAAGCGGCUGCCGAUGGACCCCGCCCUGGACGCGAUGCACCCGCUCGAUCCGCCGCCGCCGGACGUGCUGCUGGCGCUGCUGGCCAGAAACAAGGCCUUGGAAGCCAGUAUACCGAAAUGCGGGGGCUGUCACGAGAUGAUCGUGGACCGGUACGUGCUGAAGGUGUCGGACCGGACCUGGCAUGCGGGCUGUCUCCGCUGCGUGGAGUGCCGCGCCAUGCUGUCAGGGAAGUGCUUCGCGAGGAACAACCAGCUCUACUGCACUGAAGACUUUUUCAAGCGGUUCGGCACCAAGUGCGCGGGCUGCGGGCAGGGGAUUCCCCCCACGCAGGUUGUGCGGCGGGCACAGGCGCACGUCUACCACCUCCGCUGCUUCGCCUGUGCCGCCUGCGCAAGGACCCUCAAUACAGGGGACGAGUUCUAUCUCAUGGAGGACGGGAAGCUCGUCUGUAAGCCGGACUACGAGGCGGCAAGAGCGAAAGGUGACGGCUCGCUAGACGGCGACGCGGCGAGUAAGAGGCCGCGGACGACAAUUACGGCAAAACAGUUGGAGACGCUGAAGAGCGCGUACAGCAGCAGCCCGAAGCCAGCGAGGCACGUGCGGGAACAGCUGGCGCAGGACACUGGGUUGGACAUGCGGGUCGUGCAAGUGUGGUUCCAGAACAGAAGAGCGAAAGAGAAGAGGCUGAAGAAGGACGCGGGGAGGUCCCGCUGGUCGCAGUACUUCCGGUCCAUGAAGGGCUCCGGCGGGGGCUCCCCGAGACACGACAGACUGUUGGACAAGGACGAACUGAAAAUCGACUUGGACUCUUUCAGUCAUCACGAGCUGAGCAACGACAGCUACAGCACGGCGGUGCUCGGGGGGGAGGAGGGGUCACCAGCGGGGGGCGGGGGGACGGGCGCGCGGUUCGGCGCCACCCCGCCCUACCUGCGCGCGCACUCCCCCCCACACGCGCACUACCACUACCCCCCCGACCACCUCGUCUACACUAAUAUCGGUCAAGCAAUGGGCGGUGGUCUAGGCACUGGUGGGGCGUCAGACAUGAGCAGUUCAUCCUCCCCGGCCGCAGGGGGCUACCCGGACUUCCCCCCCUCCCCGGACUCGUGGCUGGGGGAGCCGCACCACUACUCCCCCCGCGGCUACCCCUAGCGUCGGCCGCCGCCGGCGCACACGCAGCCCGCGCCCCCGCCGCCCCCCGCGCCGUGCCCGCCUAUGGGAGUCCAGCCGCUAGAACUUGUGGUCAAACGGGAGCUGUGAUCGAAUAUGAAGUCAGUGAUAAACGGAUCAAGUCGUAUUGAUGCGGUUUAAAGAGUUAAAAGUAUAAUACCCGACUUGACA